ACACUCACACAUGUGACGUCAAAGCUAGCUGAUAAUAACAUGGCGAUCCCUUGAAUUCUUGUUUUCCACGAACCUCUGCAGUGUUCACCGGUGUCUUAACCGAUAAAUACAGUUCUCUGAUAUUGCUAGGGGAUAACUCAUUCGACAGACAAUGCCAGUGACUAAUGUCGCGACUUCUGAGGAGUUCAACGAGUUUAUCAAAUCGAGAAAUGUUCUUGUGAUUCACUUCUACGCACCAUGGGCAGACCAGUGUUCCCAAAUGAACGAGGUCCUGGACGACCUCGCCAAAUCCGAUCACCACAAGGGUCUUCAGUUCGCCAAGGUCGAAGCUGAAGACCUCCCGGAAGUCUCACUGAGGUACAAAAUCACAGCUGUUCCUACGGUGAUUCUGAUGAAGGAUUUCAUGGAGAUUGACAGAGUAGAUGGAGCAAAUCCCUCAGUUCUCGUUGAAAAGAUCAAGGAACACUCGUCGAAGGGCUCAGCUCCUGUAUACGUCACAAAGCCCGAAGUCAGCCUCGAGGAGAGGCUGAAGAAGCUGACCAACCAGGCACCCUGCAUGCUCUUCAUGAAGGGAGACCCCAAAAACCCCAGGUGUGGCUUCUCGAGGACAAUAGUGGGAAUGCUCGACUCACUCAGUGCUGAUUAUCAGACGUUCGAUAUUCUUCAGGAUAACACUGUCAGGGAGGGGUUGAAGAAGUUCAGCAAUUGGCCGACGUACCCUCAGCUGUACGUCAACGGGGAACUUCUUGGGGGUCUGGACAUUGUCAGGGAGAUGAAUGAGGCUGGAGAGCUUGAGCCUAUGCUUCCAAAGAAGAGUUAAUUGAGAUUCCAGGGCGAUUAUUAAAUUAUUUAAUGUACGACCAACGUAAUAAACUAAUUUUUCUUCAUUUG